GAAACGCUGGCUCAUCACACUUUUGGAUUCAGCACAAGACUGAUUAAACUUCUUUCCUUAAUUGUUUUUUUAAACUUUUUGAAUUAUAUCAUAUCAUAUUCUACGACUUAUACAUAGUUGUAUAUGUCGAAGCAUGAGAAGGUUUCGCUGACGUUUGGUGUACAAUGGAAGCAGUAAAAACGCGGAAACCUAAAUCCCAGAAGCUUAAGGAGAACUCGACCGAAGUGGCUGUCGAAGAUGAGGACGAAAGAAUUCCCGUUCUCGAUGCACAGUUCCUGGCAGACAUUGCUGAUGAUUUGGGCCAUUUGGCACGUGCAAGUGCACAGCCUCUUCCUGAACAGGAAGAAAAUGUGAUACAGAUUGAUUCGGAACUGGAGGAUCACACAGGGGACGCAGAAAAAAGCACAGAACAGCCUGUGAAUCAUGUUCUCGACCCAUCUGUCCAAGGUGCGGAGCACAUCGCUGAGGAACAACCUUCUGCAAUCAGCGCACAACGCACGAUCGCGAAACCAGCGAAUCCUUUUGCCAGAGCAGCGGAGCCUGCAGCUGUUGCUUCCUCUGUUUUGUCCGUCAGGCAGGAUGUUGUCGAAAGACCCAGAGAAUCUUCUCCAGCGGUCAUGAAUAGGGAAUCUCUGUCUUCGCGGUUGAUGUAUCCUUCACUGAAGGAAACUAGCAAAGCCACCGAACUACGGCCUCUUUCACGAGCAGAGAUUAAAAUAUACUUCACCAACGCAGAAGCAGGAGCAUUGGAAGCGAUUACGGACCACUUUAUCGAGUCAAAUGCGGUGGCGGCAUUCGUGAAGCAUCCCUUGUAUAUUUACCUGAUGGAGUAUUUAAAGGCUCUCACAGCCUAUGAGAAUUCCAUUCAAGAUCUGCACAAUCUGAUUAAAGCUUACGAAGGAUCUCGGGAUGGUGUCUGGAAAAUAACCGAUAACCGCGUCGCGGAGAAUUCUCGAUGCGCCGACAGCAACAAAGUGACUGGCGAGCAUUUUUAUCGACAGUGCCAUCUUGACCAGAAUGCCCUGAAGGAUCUCGGUACGAAUCUGGAAAAAAUCCGGGAACUGUUGUACAGAACAUCAUUUAACCACAAAUGCACAGCCGAGUUGGCGCGUUUCCAGGUGGAAUCCUUUCUGUACAGUGCUGUGCGAAGAAAUCCCGUAACAUCCAGCAUAGCCGAUUCAUCGAGUUUUGUGCCGCACGCAGGAUGUAUUAAAAUGUCCGAAACGUCGGAGUUGCGCGUUUGCAUUGGUGUUCUGUUUUCUUUUCAUCGUAUUCCGCUCGGAAGUGAAAAAUUCCGUGAAGACAUCAAGUUGUGGUUGUGCGGAUGUGUGGGAAUUUUGAUUCGCUAUUCGACAUUUUAUGAUCAGCUUUUUGUACUCAAUCAAAUACUCCGUUGUCCUUCGCCAGUGAUUCAGUGGUCUGCAGCAUUUCUGCAAAUCGCUCUUCCGAAUUCGUUCACUCCAAAAUCAUGCAAUGACCCCUUUGUAAAGCAUUUUAUCGUCAUGCUCCGUGUUUUACUUCUACCUGUAAAGGCAAAAACUGAAUUCCUGUCGCAUCUGGCGCUGGAUACUUUGGAGAAUGACGAUGCUGAUGCCAGUUGGAUUGUGGUGGAUCCCGAUGCGGACGGACAGGAGUUAAUGGGGGGAUCGGUCACCGAAGUGCAGGAAAAUGAUAUAUUUGUGUUACUCGCUCAGUUCCCAUUUAGCAGACUGUUUUCUACUGUGUUUGGCUCAGAUUUUCUUGAUCUGGAACCAUUCGGCAUGAUAGUCGAGUACGAUGUUUUGGCUUUAUUUGGGUUCUGUUAUGAGUUUUUGGAUGUGAUAUCCGAAGGUUUCAGUAAUCCUACUCUGAGCAAAUACUCUAGAUUUAACAAGAAAGCGGCACAAAUUGUUCGAGAAAUCGUCGCGCAUCUCAAAGAAUUUUGGGAACGCUUUGCCGAAGCGACCACAUUACCUUCCAGCAUUACUGCCAACCUGAAGCUGCAGUUGGAAGAGAUCAUUGUUCGUGGUUUUGCGAUCCUCACCCAAACCGGAAACAGCGGCACGAUGCAGUUUCUUGUUGGAUGGCCGUCGGCCUGUUUGUCGGCUGCUAAUAUUUGGCGAAUUGUGUGUCUCGUAGAAGAUCCGCUCAGCAAAGAGAUUGCCUAUCUUCCCGAGGUCAGCCGGUGGAAAGCCAUUUUGAACGAGGCGCACCGUAGCGAUAAAAUGCAGGAGCGAUUGCGAAACUUGGACGAAGCGAGCGCAACGUAUCUCUUGACCGCCCUGUCCAAUGUUAUUGAAAACUGUGAUAAAACGUUAUUGGAUCUUGUAGAAACGAUCACGUUGGAGAUUUUGCGCCUGUCGUUUUUGGGGCCUUUACGUACUACGUAUGCGCGCACUGGGAGAGAUAUCGUUGUUGGCAUAUGCCAAAAGCAUCCGGAGAUCAUAACCGAGGUGCUUGGUUUCGUUCGGCGUCAUUUGGAUCAAAUUGGUUCGAUGGCGGUUUUUCUGUUCCAGCAGAUGCCAUUAAAACAAUGGGACAUCGAACGGGCUGACUUGGAAACUAUAUGUGAAUGGUUGGUAAAUGUGCAGACGGUGCAAGAUGUCCCGAGUUUGUUAGCACGGGAGAUCCUGUCUAGUUUAAACUGGGGCUUUCUAGAAGAUGGAACGUUGUUCCUACGAGCGAAUUACCACCAUUACGUGGCAGUGGCCAUUGUGGAAGUGUUUUUGAAAUUUAUUUCCAGUAAACGACGUCGUGCACUGUUGUACGAAAGCCUUUUGCGGCUGUCGCAUAUGAUGACAACGGGGAAGGCCACUCCGGAGCAACAGUUUGUUGGCUGGUGCUGGGAAGUUUUGUUGGAUCUAAAAUUACAUCGCAUACAACAGCUUCGUGAGGCCGUCAGCUUACUACGAAAUAACGCCAUCAUGGAUGAUGAUGUACCUAGUCUGGCAAAAAAUCUUGUGCAUCUCGGUCCGCUUCAGGCUGUGGAACAAAGGCAGCCCAUGGCCUGCUUUGUGACAUUAUUGAUGACCGACAUCGGGCACUCGACCACGGGAAUUUUAGAUAAAGGACUGGAUUGGCUUGCGGCGCUGGUGGAAAACUAUCUGUACAUUCCUAGUUUGCAAGUGCUGGAAAUCAUUACUCCUUUGUUCUUUGCUAAUAAUCAGUUCAUCUAUCUCCUGCAACAAGAUCAGUUCCAUAAUAUCAUCAAUUCCAUAUUACAAGCAGAUGCGACAUACGUUCGGAUGGUAAAAAACCUGCUGGUUGUGGACUUUCCAGGAAAAAUUUUGCGAACGUUUGGAAAUAUGCUGCUUCAUCAAUUGAUGAAUUCGGGGGCCAAUUUGCCAUUGGCCAUACGAAUUUGGGCGAGAAUUUUGACAUCGUUGAAGAACUGGAACCGCACCCGCGAAGUGUUAUUUAUACUGGAUCAGAUUAUCAAAUUCGCUUUUUAUUCUAACGAACUGGACAUUCUUUUGGCUGUUGUUAAAGAAGCGUACGAAGAAUUCCGUCAAAUGCGACCAGCCCGUGGCAGCGGUGCCAUGACGUCGUUGGUAUCAUGGAUGACUUCCGGUGCUAAUCCGGCUUAUGUACCAGUGGAGAUUCACCUGCUGAUUGAAGUUCCGUGGUUGGCGUACGUCAUUUUACGCGUGGAAACCGAAGCCUCUGCACCGUUAUGGACGACAUUGAUCGAGGAGAUUACCGUUGAGAAGAAGCCUUUUGAAAAUGGAUUAAAAAAGGCUGCACAUGAUUUAGGGAUUGUUGUUCCGGCUGUGACGGACUUGCCAGUUCACCGUUUGGCACAGUUGGUGAUAGCAAUUGAUGUUGAAGCGGAAGCGUUUCCUCUAUUAUGCCAGGAGUUUUUUCAGUUAUUUUUGCGGCGGGGAAGCAAUCACUGCUCUGUAGGCGAUCAAUUUUUGCUGUCUGCUUGGGGAACUAAGUUGCUCAAACCUAUUAAACAGAAAUUCAAAGAAGCUGCGGAAACGUACAGAAAAAACGCCGGAUCACCGGAGCAUCGUCAUCCGCAGUUUUACGAGGAUCUUCAGCAUGCGAUGAAUGCAUUUUCUUUUUGGAUGGACGAACCGAAACUGCAUCAGUCCAGCCUCUAUCUGCCAUCUCUCCCUUCCGAAUACGAACCUGAGUUACUUGGUAGCAUUCUUUCAGCCAGAUGUGCGCCCUGGAUUCAGUUUGUUGAUCUGCAGAGUAUGUUUGCCACCAUGCGUUCCCAGGCCGAACACUGGAUUCCUUUCGAUGUUCAUGUUCCUCGGCGACGCUCUAUGGGUUUAAUAUCGCCCACACGAAUGCAAGAGUGCCCGAUGAACCCUCCCAGUACAUAUUCUAACCAAGCUCCCUUUGAGCCGGUGGACCUGCACGUUCUUAUGGAUCCGUCACGCGUUGUCCCACUGUUACGACCCGAUUUAACUGUGAUUGAGGGAUCGGCGAAAUCAUACAGCACCACUGUGUCCGAGCAUGUGGGAUUGGAUAUGACCUUCUUGGAAAUGAUAACGGAGGUGAAUUCGAAUGUGGACAGGGAAAUCACCGUACUCGUAGCUUGCCGAAAGGGACAAUGCUCGGGCCCUGCGGAAAUCGCUUUGCGGUUUCGUGAGUUUGUUCGGAACGAAGCGGUGUAUCGUGGUUAUGUGCAGAAUCGAGAGAACUGGGGAAAAGUUGUUGCUGUUGCGCAGAACAUUAGUUUAAAGAAAGUGGUUACGGCCAUUGUGAGAUUUGAAGCGGCUGUCUCGGAAUUGAUUCGCCUUAAUAAUACUCUGGAUUCCAAGGAGAAUGAAAAAGUUAGGGAGGUUGGAGCGAUGUUGUUUUACCAUAUUUUAGCGUAUGUGGGUGAUGAGUCAGAUGAACACCCUUUAGCUAGAAAGUUUUUCCACUCAUGUGUGGAAAUUUUGGGCCAGUAUUUUGUAGCGAACCAAUCCGUACAGUGUGGGUCGUUAUUGGAGACUUGUUUGAAUAAUCAGAAAGCGGUGCCGAUGUUGUUACCGCAUUUGACGCCAAAUAUCGUGCCCAGCCAGUUUCUUGGAAUGUACCGAAAAAUUCAACAAAGGCUGCAGAACAAGAACAACGAUGUCUUGAUGCACAUGCUGUCCACAUUCGAUGUUGCGCGUUGGCUUUCGGACCCAUCCGUAGACAUCAACAGUCGCUUGGAAUUGUUAAGCAUUCUCGCAUACGGAAUCAGCCAGCUGGGAUUUUUACCGUCGUUCCAGGAUUAUCCGCUUUUCGAAAUCUAUGCUCAGCACGUCAGAAGUAUGUUGGAAUUUCGUUUUCCAGCACACUUCCUGGAUGUGUUAAGAAUGUUGCUGUCAUUGUCCGAGAAGAGCGCUAUCCCUGCAAACGGUUGGUUCUCGUGCCUUUUUGCUGUUUUUGGGAUUAACUUCCAACCUGACAUGGAUCUCUUGGAUUUGCACAAUUUUUACGCACAGAUCGUGGAAUCGCAGAACGGUGUAAAUACUGGACGAAUUCCGCUGGAAAUUACGCUGCUUGUGGUGGAAGAAUUAAGCCAACGUUUCCAUCACGCACGACUAGCGACGAAGAAUUCGCAGAUGUACGGCCUAUACCCGGUGUGGAAAAAUUACAUGAACUCGGUGGUUGUGCUCAACAUUAUUUUUGGUGUUGCGUUGCUCAAUGGAUAUUUAAAGCCGGAGGAUACUUUUGCGAAAAUUGCGGGGCUGUUUGCGCCGUGGAUUAACUAUGUCCGCUUGGACAAAGAAGAUUGCCCACCGUGGCUGCAGGCAGAUACGCCAUACGCUCAAAAAAUGGUGGCCGCUUUUACCAUGUUAUGCUCGAAUGUGAUCGAAAAAUCUCCGGGAAUGUUUGGGAGCAUUUGGGCAUGGUGUUACAACGGGUUUUUUACCGGGAAAUCGGAGACCUUGAUACUAUCGACGAUUUGCAUUGAGAUGUUGACGUUGAAAUGGGAGAAAUUUGUUGCAGAUUAUAACACCAUGCAGCAGUUCCGUUCAAUCUGUGAAAAUGGUCUAAUUCAAGAGGAAACGUUUUUGUCUAACAUUUUGCCGAAGUUACCGUUGAGCUUAAUCGUUACGGUACAUAAGCAGCAUUACCCCCAACACCUGAAUUCCCUUUGUCUGGACCUUAUUAGUAUCAUCGCACAUUUUAGCAUGCAUUCCAGUUUUCGUCCAGGAGCAGAGAUUUUGGAUCAUUUUGUGACCGAAAUGAGCGGUUUUGAUUGGCAUGCACUGGAUUUUGCGUCUCUGAACCACAGCCUAACCGCAGUUGCGAAGAAUCCCGAAGGAAUCGCGAGCCGGAGUGAUGGACCAUUGGAAAACACCCCGAUUAUUCGCUUUCUAUCUUUGAUUACCGAAUUUGAUUUCGACAACCUGAAGCCCAAUCAGGACACCAUGGACAAACGCGCUGUCUUCGUCCACAUAUUUGGCAGAGCCUCCGUUGCAUGGCAUGCGGCCAAAAAUACGGCCACGUUGGUGGAUUUUGUGCAGAAUCUGUUGAAGAAAGUGGAAGAUGUGUGGGCCAGUGCCGAACCCGGUAUUCGGUAUUAUGGUUAUCUGUCGUUGUGCUCGGAAGUGUUCAGUCUGUCUAACUUUGUGACAGAUAAGAAAGUUGACAGUGUGCUACGGGAUUCCCUUAUGAUUUGGAUUGCGAUGUCCUUGGGGAAUCCCUUAUUGGUGCCCAUGAUUACCGCUUGCUGCCGGUCUGUAGCCAUUUUGGAACACAUGGCAAGAUUUUUGGAAAUUCUUAUAGUGUCCUACUUUCGUUCGGCACAUCAUCAAGGCUGGGAUCCGAUAGUCGCGGCAGUCGAACCGCCUGAAUUAAGUGCCGCGGAAUUCGUUAAAGAGAACCUCUCCCAGCAGAAUUUUCUCACGCUGCACGCACAUUUUUGUCGUGUUAUGAAUCAGACUGCGGACAAUCCCAACCGGCGUAUGGAGUUUUUCCGAGAGCUGAUUGACUGGUGUAAAAUCCGUCCAUUACCGGAAUACGAAUCGAAAGUCUUUGUUCUGUGGCACCAAGUCUUGGUGGCGGUGGAGUACAUCGAUAAUGGCACGGAGGUGACAAUUUGCAUGCGGACAUUUGCAGAAACCGUUUCGGGAUUUGCGGAACAAAAAGGGGGGUUUUUAAGUGCCAUUGGAGUAGGGAAGCCGUCGGUGUUGUCGCGGCAUUUUAAAAUGGUUGCGCGGAGUGUGGCGGCGGUGAUCAGUCCGAUGACACCGGCGGGACGGAGUUCGGGUAAAGCGGCGACAUUGGCCAAUGAGACGCGGAACAACUAUGAGGCGAUGAAAGGGAGGAAAGAGUACGCACAGUAUACCGAGGUGUUUGCGGUGGCGGAUGGCUACAUUAGCUCCCAAGGAUCAUUAACGUGGAAGGAUAUUAGGAAAUUGUUGACGGAAUUGUUGCAGAUUUUGUAUAAACAGUACAACUACUUGCCGGUUGCGGAAUGAAUCUAUUUGUUUGUUUUAAUCUUUCGUAUGCUGUCCUUUAAUCCUUUUAAUGCACGAAUUUUGUGAUUUUUUUAAGCUUCCUGUAUAAAUUGCAAACCCCAAAUCGUGAUUAAUAAGCCUUGGCUAAAUUUGUCUUGCGGUACAUGUAAUGCAACUCUGUUGCUUGUGGCUUUUCGUUCCGUGGAUGAAGGUGGAGAAACGUUAUAGCGCGAUAAAUAAAU